AUGGUGAAGGUGAAGCCAACAAAGCUCACAUUUAACGAUGUUGGCGAGGAAAAAACUUCUAAACUUAGCUUGGCGCCAAUAGAUGUUAAUGUUGCAAAAGAUUAUGUUUUUGGCUUGCUUCGGUGGUCUGAUGUAUCAUCUCAUGGAGAAAUUAUUAUGUGUGAAGUUCGGACGCGUCCGGAGGCCAAUCUGGACGCUCCAUGUCACCCAAUGAACUAUUUAUUGGGUGAUGUGGUGCAUUCAGAUUGGCCUAAAGACACGUCCGGACACCGCACGUCUCGAAUCCCAGAAAGUGCGAGAGAGGAAAUGGAGAUCAAGAUGAUGAGAGCUCCUUCUGCUUUACUCACUUUCCUCAUCUCUGCUUGCCUGCUCUUGCCUGUCUUUGCGAGCAACAAGGUUUACAUUGUGUAUCUUGGUGGUCAUUAUCAUGGAAAAGAUGCAACAACAGAAGAUUUCAACCGAGCAACUAAUUUCCAUAAGGAGUUCUUGGGAUAUUUCUUUGAAAGCAAGGAGAAGGCUCAACAAGCUAUCGUCCACUCUUUUACCAAACACAUCAAUGGUUUUGCUGCAUAUCUUGAUGAGGAACAGGCUUCGCAGAUCUCAAUUUUCUUUUCUCCUCUCUGUCUCUCUGAUAUAACUUCAAUUUUCAAUUGCUCGCUGCCCAUAGAACACCCAGAUGUGAUAUCCGUGUUCCCAAACCAGCUCAACCAACUACAUACAACAAGAACUUGGGAUUUUGUUGGGCUGGAGAGAAAUGGAAUUGUUCCUCCAUAUUCUAUCUGGACAAAGGCAAAUUAUGGAAAAGAUGUAAUAAUUGCUCAUCUUGACACAGGUGUGUGGCCUGAAUCUGCAAGUUUUUCUAACGAUGGAAUGGGAGAAAUCCCAGGUAAAUGGAAAGGAUCCUGCCAUAAAUCUGGGGUUGUCUGCAACAGAAAACUGAUAGGUGCAAAAUACUUUGACAAGGGCUAUAAAGCAAUGGUAGGCAUACCGUUCAAUGUCAGUAUUGGCACAACAAGGGACACUCAUGGCCAUGGAACACACACCCUCUCCACCGCAGGCGGUAAUUUUGUGCCCAAUGCUAGCUUGUUUGGCUUUGCCAGCGGCACGGCCAAGGGUGGCUCACCUGCAGCUCAUGUGGCUUCCUAUAAAGUUUGCUGGGAGUUUGGUUGCACCGCUUCCGACAUCCUUGCCGGCUUUGAUGAGGCCAUCCACGAUGGCGUCGACGUGCUCUCAGUUUCAGUUGGUGGUCAUUCCUUAGACUACUUCAAUGAUUCAAUUGCUAUAGGGUCUUUCCAUGCCAUGCUAAAUGGCAUUGCUGUGGUUUGUUCUGCUGGGAAUGAUGGUCCUGAUAAGGCCUCAGUGCUAAAUUCUGCACCAUGGGUGACAACGGUGGCAGCCAGCUCACUUGACAGAGAUUUCACCAACUUUGUCACUCUUAGCAAUAAGAGACAGAUUUUUGUUAGUUCUUGCACACAUAAAGGAAAGAGCAAGACUGGUUGGGGUCUGCCAUCAAAAAAGCUUUACCCUUUGAUCUACUCAUUUGACGCCAAGGCUGACAAUGUCUCUAGAAAUGACGCACUUUUUCUGAUUUCAAAAUAUAAUUACAGACGGUUGUGUCGCCUGGGUUCUCUCGAUCCUUUGAAGGCGAAAGGAAAGAUAGUCAUUUGUCUUGGAGGAGGCAUUAACAGGAUAGUAAAAAGCAUACUUGUUCACAAUGCGGGAGGGGUGGGUAUGAUUCAUGCCAUUGAUGAUGAUAUGGAUGAUGGUUACGUUGCUUCUCAUAUAAUUCCAGCUACAAUGAUCAGUCAUAAGAUCGGCCUUCGUCUCAAGUUUUUUGUAAAGACCAACAAAUUUCUUCGAGGAACAAUUUCAGCAGGAAAAACUGUAAUAGGAGUUAAACCAGCGCCUAUGGUGGCGGCAUUCUCAUCUCGUGGACCCAAUCAUUUAACUCCCCAAGUUUUGAAGCCAGAUAUCACUGCGCCAGGAAUUGAUGUCCUAGCAUCCAACACUGAAGCUGUACCCGUCUCUGAACCAAUGUACGACUCCAGGCGAUGGCCAUUUAAGCUCUUGUCUGGAACAUCAAUGUCAUGCCCUCAUGUAGCUGGCAUCAUAGGACUCCUUAGAAAAAUUUACCCUCAUUGGAGCUCAGCUGCAAUUAGAUCAGCCAUCAUGACAACAGCGAGAACCAGGGACAACAUUGGAAAGCCAAUGAAAGUUCAAGGCACACUAAGAAAAGCCACACCAUUUGCCUAUGGAAGUGGACACAUACAACCAAACGAUGCCAUGGAUCCAGGACUUGUCUAUGAUUUGGGUAUAGAUGAUUAUAUGAACUUUUUAUGUGCCUUAGGAUUUAACUCGACGCAAAGUUUGAAGUUAUUGGGGAAGCCUUACAAAUGUUCAAUAAAGAAGAGAGUGAUGGAGAAUUUGAAUUACCCCUCCUUUGCGAUUCCUAGCCUCAACAAGACAAUGACCGUGACCCGCACUGUGAAGAACGUUGGUUCACCCGGAACUUACACUGCAAGGAUCAAAGCUCCUAAAGGUAUAUUGGUUUCAGUGGAGCCUCAAGUCUUGCAAUUCAAGGAAAUUGGGGAGGAGAAGGAGUUUAAGGUAUACUUCGAGUCUACUGAAGAAAGGAUAAGAAAAGGAUAUUCAUUUGGCGUACUCAUCUGGUCAGAUGGGAAGCACUAUGUCAGAAGUCCCAUAGCUGUGAAAGCAAACUCAUGAGCAUUGCAUGGGGUUUACAGAUUCAUUUGGCAUCCAAAUAGUUUUUUAUUAUCAAAGUUUAUAUUGUAAGUUUGGUAGCAUUUGUUCAAGAAAUAAAUUGUACCACUUGUGUAUGGUAGGCUUCAUUGCAUUGGAUUGAAAGCUUGUUUGUCAUUGUAUUCAAUUAUCAUGUUUCUAGACUUUAACUUCUUGCUUGAGAUAGUGGUGGAAGCUUUAUUUCUUUAUUUAGAUUAUCAUUCUUUCUUCUUCAAAAAUUUCACUGCAGUUUGUUCACAUUCAACCUGGAACUUUAUCAUAUGCUUUCUCACAUUUAGAGAAGCAUAUGAUAAAGUUCAAAGAGAAGUGAUAUGGAGAGUUCUUGAAAAGAAAAGAGUUAAUAACGAUUAUAUUCAAAUCAUUAAAGAUAUG